AUGGCAGACACAAUUAAGUUAUUCCUAUUUCUUACACUCUGUACCUUUGCAAUGUCUAUUGAUGAUAUUACAAAUAACGAAAAUUACAAAGAAUCCAACAAGGUUCUGUCAAGACGAAAAAGGUACUUAGUUUUCCCGGAUGGAAGCUCAUUUCAGUUGGUUAUUUGUGAACAAAACCAUGGUUAUCUUCAAUUAGGUAACAUAGUAUGGCUUGCUAAUACGGCAGCGUUGGCGUGGGAACUCCCAACGGACCCAAAAUUAUUCCACAUAUUCAAAAACCACGAAAAAGAAUUUGCAAACAGAAAUGGAAUAUCUAAAAGUAUAUACUUUUUGGAUGAAGAUGGAAAAGUUAUAUCUAAGAAGCCGUAUCACAAAAAAUUUCUCGUAAACCCUGCAUUUGCCAAGCGAAGUGUGACCGAUACAAAUAGCUCUAUAUCAAUCAAUGAAAUGCACGAGAAACAAAAGAAAGGCGGUGCAGUUCUACAAGACUUAGAUCAUAAUAGUAUAGACUUUCAUAGAUAUGGAAGAAAAGACUUUUAUUCAAAAUUGGGAGAAUUUUUAAAUGCGCUGGGCCUCAAUGGACAGGAAUGUGUUCUUCGGAUGCUGUGUGAGAGUGGCCAAGGAAGUUCCGAACAAGGCACGUUCUUCGAAGAAAUCAUGAGAGCUACCUUUACAUUUCCUCGUCGAGAGCAGUCCUCAAAGCACCUCUACGAUAAAGCACAUUCAACUAAACAUGAUUGUGAUACUAUGUAUCCAGCCUGUAAAAUUGAUAAACCAUAA